AUGCACACCUCGGUCUUUGCGGGUGUCUUGGCGCUCGCGCUGCAAGCUGCGACGGCGUUGCCCACGUGCGCGCCAAUCGAAGCCAACGUCGACUAUUGGGGCAACGACAUCGGUCGCACGGCGCGCACGUCGGCCGACGACUGCUGCGCCGACUGCAAGAACUUGCCUGGUUGCCGUCUCUUUGCCUGGAACAGCCACGAAGGCGGCACAUGUUGGCUCAAGAGCGAGCAGCGCGCCAAGGCCUCGGUCAUCAACGACAUCACCUGCCUGACCAGUGCUCGGCGGUCCAAGAGCACGUCGACUACUGAGGCAACGACUGCUGCACCCGAAGGCUCAGUCGCAGGUGUCGUGGGCUCAGUCGUCGCGCGGGUGUGA